UAAACAAACGUUAAGAGUGAAGACUUUGUUUUAUAUAUAUUUUUAUCCUAUACAUUUUAAAACUUAGCAGUUAUUUAUUAAAAGAUAGUAGAUCCUGUUUGACAGAAUAACUUACGUAGACUUGUUAUGAGUAGAUACGAUGGCACAUCGAAGGAGCAGCAUAAACACAGAAAACGUUCGCGAUCUAGGUCGAUUGAACGCUCGGGAUAUGGAGAAGUCGAUAGACGUGAAGUUUCUUCACAGAGAGAUAAGGAAAGAUCCAAACCAGAGUCAGAUGAUGGAGACUUUAACUUCCUGCAUUAUAAACAGUCCUUAAAUAAAAUUUUCUUCAGAGAUCAGAAUGUCAUCAGGAGGGGAACAAAGGAAUAUGAUGAUUUCUGGGUGUUUGUGGAAAAGUACCAGAUAUUUCAGAAAAGACAACCAUCAAAGCCUUGUGCAUCUUCAUCAAGCGACAAAGAGAGUAGACUUGGAAUUCCUAGUCAUUAUGACAAACGCUAUAGAAUCAAUGUGGGGUUGGUCAACAGAGAUGUCGAAGACUUCUUGAAAAAGGGGAGACUUGCAGAUGCUGAUAUAGAUAGGCGUUUAACUAAGGACAGAGUGAGAGAGUUCCGGGCUGUCAUGCUGCACUAUCUUGACUUCCAACAGAAACAAAAGCUAGCCAAGCUGAAAAAGGUGCGGACGGACCAGGAAAAUCUGCCCAUCUACCAGUUCAAACAACACAUCAUAGAAACAGUCAGCCAACAUCAGGUCAUCAUCAUAGCUGGAGACACGGGCUGUGGCAAGUCUACACAGGUUCCUCAGUACCUUCUUCAAGCUGGCUUCACGAACAUUGCGUGCACUCAGCCCCGGCGUAUAGCCUGUGUCUCUCUCUCCAAGCGGGUUGGGUAUGAAACCCUCAAUGAGUUUGGCACUGAAGUCGCAUUUCAGGUCAGAUUUGAGAAAACGAAAACCAGGAAUACCAAGAUUCUGUUCUUGACAGAAGGUUUAUUGCUACGCCAGAUGACGACGGACCCACACCUCUCCAUGUACAACGUGAUCGUGAUUGAUGAGGUGCACGAGCGCCACAUUCACACCGACUACCUGCUGGGCGUGCUCCAAUGCCUCGUGCGUCACCGUGACGAUGUCAAGGUCAUCCUUAUGUCUGCCACCAUCAACAUUGAGCUGUUCAGUAACUACUUUCAUGAGGCACCUGUCAUACAGGUGCCAGGGCGGUUGUAUCCCAUAGAGAUGGAGUUUUGUCCCAUACAGAAAGAUUACAGCAGCUCUCGGUCAGAGCGACUCGACCCCACACCUUACCUUCGUAUCAUGCAGAGGAUUGAAAAGAAGUAUCCGAAGAGUGAGCGUGGUGAUAUGCUGAUAUUCCUGAGUGGACUGUCGGAGAUAAUGUCAGUGGUGGAAGCUGCUCGGGCUCUCGCUCAGCAGACCAAGUCUUGGAUCAUACUGCCUCUACACAGUGGGCUUUCAGUAGACGAACAGGAAAAGGUGUUUGACAUAGCUCCUGAGGGUGUUCGCAAGUGUAUUGUAUCUACAAACAUUGCGGAGACAUCGGUGACGAUAGAUGGGGUUCGGUUUAUCGUGGACUCUGGCAAGGUAAAGGAGAUGAGUUUCGACCCUAAGUAUAAAAUGCAGCGGCUACAAGAGUUUUGGAUCAGUCGAGCCAGCGCAGAACAGAGGAAGGGGCGAGCUGGGCGUACCGGCCCAGGGCAGUGUUUCCGGCUGUACGAGGAGCGUGAAUAUGAGGCUUUCCAGGAGUACACGACUCCCGAGAUCCGGCGAGUGCCCCUUGACUCCCUUGUACUCCAGAUGAUCAGCAUGGGGCUGCCCGACCCCAGGAAAUUCCCAUUUAUUGAGCCCCCAAGCCUGGAGAGCCUGGACAAUGCGGUGAUAUUUCUACGCGACCAGGGGGCGCUACAUCAGGACGAGAGCCUCACUCCCAUUGGCCUCAUGCUGUCCAAACUACCCGUUGAUGUCGUCAUUGGCAAGAUGCUUAUUAUGGGCUCCAUAUUUCAUAUGAUAGAUCCAGUGCUGUCAAUUGCAGCAGCCAUGAGUGUCCAGUCUCCUUUCACCAGCAAGAUCCACACAGACGUUGACUCUAUGGCUGCCAGGAAGACUCUUGAAUCUGACCAUGGUGAUCCAUUCACAUUGUUGAAUGCCUUUGAUGAAUGGAUACAGGUAAAGGCUGAGGGUCGGGGAACAAAGAAGUGGUGUCAGAGGCGAGGCCUGGAGGAACAGAGGUUCUACGAGAUGACCAAACUGAAGAGGCAGUUCAAAGAUCUCCUACAAGAUCAUGGUUUGCUGAUGAAGGCAGGGGAGGGGGAAGAGUACCUGAGCAGUGCGGAACGGAGACAGAAGCAUGGGGAGCGGAAACGCCUCUCACAGCUCCGUCGGGAACAGAGGAACGAGUCCAAGAAGAGGAAGGUCCUGAAACUUGACCAGGAUGAUUACCAGCUGAGUGAUGGCGAUGAUGAUGACAAGGAUUCAGAUAUCAAGGAUCUUGAGUUCCGCCUUUCACACAACCUACAGCAACUUCAGGAAACAUCCAACGAGAGCCGUCGUUUCACCCUGCGUGAUGUCAACCUUCUGAAGAUCAUCCUGUGUAGCGGUCUAUAUCCGCAGGUGUCAGUAGCAGACGACUGUAACACCUUGAAGUCCAGCUCAGAGCAGGCAUUUCAUACAAAGUCUAAGCCUUUCCUCUUGCUUCAUCCGACUAGCGUGUUUUCCUACAAGCCUGAGUUGCUGCACCCGAAACAUGACCUGGACGCCAAACAUGACCCCGCAGAUUUGAAGGGUGUCCUCAGUAAUAAACAUGAGCUACUUACUUAUGUCUCCAUUCUGGAAACCAACAAGCCAUACCUUAUCAACACGAUGCGAGUGCCAGCAUUACAGACUGUUACCCUGUUCUCCAAUGCCAUAGACACAAAUUCUACUUGUACCAGGUUAAUAUGUGACGGGUGGCUUGAGUUGGUGAUACCUGAGCAGGAGGAAGCCCAGGAAGUUAUGUCCAGUGUAAUACAGCUGAGGGCCACCUGGCAGAACCUCCUUAAACUUAGGCUAGAAGAUACAUUUCUCUCGAUGGAAUCUGAGAGGCAAGUUAGCGGAAGAUCGCGGAAACUUGAGAGAAUACUGGCUGCUAAACUGACCGAGUUCCUUAGCAGCGAUGUACGAUACAAGCUACGACGAGUGCUUGCUGCUGAGAUGAAAAAUGUCUAUGUUGGCCCUGACGGGAUCGGUGAGUCACCAGAGAACAUUUUACCCGCAUCGAGUGAGGGUAGCAGACCACAUCCCAUCAAAGGCGGAAUACAAAUGAAUGAGUACCUCACACAUGGAUGUUUGGUAGAUGAUGGGACAGCAUCAGUGGUGGGGGAGUUCACCGUCAACAUGCAGCGACACUGGGCUUGUCCUCGCUGUAAUGAGUCCAUGGUUGUCUCUAUAGCAGAGAGACUAGAGCACGAGGCUGCGUGCCAGGCCAAAAAUAUUACUGCUACCAAAACCGAGAUUGAAAACGAACUAGCGGAAGAGCGAGAGGGCCAACUCAACCCACACCGGAAGUCCUACUUCUGUGCAGACUGUGAUAAACAACUGUCACUGUCUGUUAUUGAGAUUCUUAAACAUAAAAAGUCGCACAGGACUGGCACGUGACAUAACCGGAUAUCUUCUUGAAGGCUCAUAACAUGCUGUAUUGAAGAAAUCAAACAUGAUCUUAUUUUAAAUUUUAAAAUAUUUUAAAAUAUUAUUUUUACAAUAAUGAAAGAUGGGAAAAGGUUUACAUGGUUAUAUUCCCAGCAUCAUUCACUUCUGGGACCUCCGUAUUGCUAGACGAGGUCUUCAAGUCUGGACCAUUGAGACAUCAGAUAUGUAACAGAUGCAACAUAACGCGCAUUAAACAAUGGUCAUGAUUUUAUUGGAAUUUGUCAACAUUGCAGAGAAAGUUGUUAACAUUGAAAGCAGCGAAAGUUGUCAACUUUAAAAUGAUUUUGUUUUACAUGUUUUUAAGGGAUUCGCUACAAACUUAUAAAGACAAUUAUCGUUUUUCUUUUAAUUUGUUUGUUAUUCGUACAUAUAAUCAAAUUCCAUGUACCUUGUGUUUAGACCUAAAUCGUGAGUUUGACUUUAAUAAAUUGCAGCAUAUUUACAGUAACUGCAUUGUUUUCAUUAUGUUUCUGUAAAGGAGAUGUGAAAAUAAUA